UGAGGUCAUGUAUUUUUUUAAGCCGCACAACGGAAUAAAUCAUCCUUCACCGGCGGCAUAAACAAAGUAGUCCGCUUCUCCGGAACAUUUCGCUGCUGAUCGGACCGCAGGGGGGGAUCGAUAGUUUGAUUUGGUGACAGAGAGGACAUUUUUGGAUGCGCAGAAAGCCAUAAUCGAAGAUUUCACCAUGAACAAAAACAAGAGAGAAAGAGAGUUCUACAGCCUAGACGUUGGGGAUUCAACGUUUACGGUACUGAAGCGAUACCAGAACCUAAGACCCAUCGGCUCAGGAGCUCAGGGAAUUGUCUGCUCUGCUUAUGACCAGAUCCUUGAAAGAAAUGUUGCCAUCAAGAAGCUGAGUCGGCCAUUUCAAAAUCAGACCCAUGCCAAGAGGGCGUUCAGAGAGCUAGUCCUUAUGAAAUGUGUCAAUCACAAAAAUAUCAUUGGCCUUUUAAAUGUAUUUACACCCCAAAAAUCAUUUGAAGAGUUCCAAGAUGUAUACUUGGUGAUGGAGCUGAUGGAUGCCAACCUGUGCCAGGUCAUUCAGAUGGAGCUGGACCACGAGAGGCUGUCCUAUCUGCUCUAUCAGAUGUUGUGUGGUAUCAAACACCUCCAUGCUGCCGGCAUCAUUCACAGGGACCUCAAGCCCAGUAACAUAGUUGUCAAAUCAGAUUGCACACUGAAGAUUUUGGACUUCGGUCUGGCUCGGACGGCCGCCACCGGCCUCCUGAUGACGCCAUAUGUGGUUACACGUUACUACAGAGCACCGGAAGUAAUCCUGGGCAUGGGCUACCAAGCCAAUGUUGACGUAUGGUCAGUGGGCUGCAUAGUGGCCGAGAUGAUCAGGGGAAGUGUGUUGUUCCCCGGCACUGAUCACAUCGACCAGUGGAACAAGGUCAUCGAGCAGCUAGGCACUCCAUCUCAGGAUUUUCUAAUGAAGCUGAACCAGUCAGUAAGAACAUAUGUAGAAAACAGGCCACGCUACGCUGGAUACACCUUUGAGAAACUCUUCCCAGAUGUACUCUUCCCUGCAGACUCUGAUCACAACAAACUGAAAGCAAGCCAAGCAAGAGAUCUCUUAUCCAAGAUGUUGGUGAUCGAUGCCUCCAAGCGGAUCUCUGUAGACGAGGCCCUGCAGCACCCCUACAUUAACGUUUGGUACGACCCCGCUGAGGUGGAGGCGCCCCCUCCGAAGGUCCUGGACAAACAGCUGGAGGAGAGGGAGCACACUGUGGAGGAAUGGAAAGAGCUCAUUUAUAAGGAAGUAAGCGAAUGGGAAGAGUGGACGAAAAAUGGAGUGAUAAGAGGACAACCACCUCCUUUAGGUGCAGCAGUGAUUGACAGCCCCCCUCAGCCCACGUCUUCUUCUUCCUCUUCGGCCAACGACGUCUCGUCCAUGUCCACAGACCCCACUGACCAGAGCAGUGACCCCACCAUGACCUCUGAAACAGACAGCAGCUUGGACAGCCACACCUCUCUGGGUGCUCUGGCCUGCUGCAGAUAA